AUGAAGACAGUCCAAAUCCUCCUCGUGUUGAUGGCCGUGGCAGCGAUUGCCCGUGCCCACUACCCUUUCCGAUACUUGUCCGGCAUUCAUGGCCUUCUUGCAAGGGCGAGUCUCCACAGUCUUCACAGCCCUUACAUGAGUCACGGAGUCUCAUAUCCUUACUAUGGCGGCGCCGCCUCAUAUCCCUACAUACACCAAGACGCUCCAUACGCCGCUCACGGUGCAUCCUAUCCCUACGCCGGUGCAGCUGGCUCAUAUCCCUACGCAGGCUCAGUUGCUUCAUAUCCCUACGCUGGUGCAGCUGGCUCAUAUCCCUACGCAGGCUCAGUUGCUUCAUAUCCCUACACCGGCGCAGCUAGUUCACUUGGUACAUAUCCCUCCGCCGGUGCAGUUGGUACAUAUCCCUCCGCCGGUGCAGUUGGCACAUAUCCCUACGCUGGUUCAGUUGCCUCAUAUCCCUACGCCGGCGCAGCUGGUUCAUAUCCCUACGCCGGAUCACUUGGUACAUAUCCCUCCGCCGGUGCAGUUGGCACAUAUCCCUACGCCGGCUCAGUUGCCUCAUAUCCCUACGCCGGAUCUGCUGGUUCACAACUCUACCCCGGAUCACUUGGUGCAUAUCCCUCCGCCGGUGCAGUUGGCACAUAUCCCUACGCCGGCUCAGUUGCCACAUAUCCCUACACUGGAGCUCAAAGCGCCGUAUAUCACCUCAGCAGCCCAUAUGCUAAUGGGCACAGCAUGAUCCAUUAG